UUUUGCGCGGGAAAAGUAGAAAAUCUAGUUAUAGCAAGGCAGUAAAUCCCCUUGGAAAAAAAACUAUAGAUAAAAAUAGUGCCGGAUAGGCGUUUUACAACACUGCAACGGCACUUGACAACACUGACGACAGCAACGCUAAUAUCGCAAAAAAAUAAAUUUGUGGAGAAAAAUCACGUUUGACGUACUAAUUACCUAGAGAAAAGUAUUGAAAAUGCCCAAGGGUCGUGUUAGCAAUGUGUGGCAGCACUACGAUAUUAACGAGGAGUGUGAAAACUUUGCGAUAUGCCGUUACUGCGGCAAUAAUAUAUCGCGUGGAGGCAUGGCCAGCAAUUUGAAGGGCAACAAUACGACCAAUUUGUGGACGCAUCUGCGGCACAAGCACAGGGACGAGGUGCUGGUCAGUCCGGUACAGCAACGUCCCCAGGCCCGGAUGAUCCCAAUCAUCAAGAAAGACAAAACCGUGCGGAUAACCAAGGCCAAGACGCUGAGGGAGCCGCUGCGUGUGGCCAAGCCGAAGAUCGAGUCGAACGUCGCCAGUUAUCUGGGCGAGGCGGGUGCCCUGCCGCAAAAGUGGGAGGAGUACGAGCAGAACGAUGAGAUUAGCGAGGACAUUAAGGACAUCAUAUACAGCGAGGAUCCACUGUGCUAUAGCCCUAUACACGUGAUGGAUGAUGAGGGCCUGGAUCAGCCUGAGAAGCAAGUGACCGUGCUAACCCAUUCGACUUCACCCGCCGGGGGUAGUAGCAGGCCCAUCGGUGUGGGUUCGGGCGUACAGGCUACUGUGGUGGCCUCCACGUCCUCCAGCAGCAGCUCGGCCAAGCAGCUGAAGAACAACCUGGAGACGUCCAUCGAACGGCUGACCGCUGUCAGCGAGCAGCUCAGCUACAUCAUACAACAGAAUCACGAGGAGCUCACCAAGGACGACGACUACUAUUUUGCACUUAGCUUGGUGCCCGUCAUGCGCCACCUUUCGCUCAGUCGGAAGAUGUACGUGCGGUCCAAGAUCCAGGAUAUAUUGUUCAAGGAAAGUGAGGACUCGCCAAUUGCCAAGGAUGAGUAGUCGCUCCAAUAUAUACAUUUACCAAGAGGAACGAAGGAAACGAUAAAGGAAAAGGACGUCUAAGCGUGUCGUAAACUAAGUUAAAAAUUAUACAUAUGUUAUGUAUUCAUUUAAAUUAUGCUCUUUUAUCAAUUGCGAAUACUUUGAUUGUAUAUUUUCCAAUUAUAUUUUACUUAAAACUCAAAACGAAAUAAAGCACUACAAUAAAUUAAGGAAAAGUCGA